CCUCCAGAGCGCUCCGCGCGUCAAGCCAUGGAGGGCGCGCACCUCUACGCCCACACGCACGGCCGCCACUACCACAGUAGCAAGCGCCCCACGCCGGCGGCGCCCGGGGUCAUGGACGUCGACGUCGACGUGGACGGGGACGCGUCGCCCAAGGGGGCGCGGUACCGCGGCGUGCGGCGCCGGCCGUGGGGCCGGUUCGCGGCGGAGAUCCGCGACCCCAUGUCCAAGGAGCGGCGCUGGCUCGGCACCUACAACACCGCCGAGGAGGCCGCCUGCGCCUACGACAUCGCCGCGCGCAUCUUGCGCGGCAACAAGGCGCGCACCAACUUCCCCGUCCACGCCACCGCGGCCGCCUACUGGGCGUGGGGCGCGCCGCAGGCGGCGGCCGGCGCGGGCCCGCUCGACCCCGUCCUCGCGCACAACCUCCUCAUGGGCUCCUCCCACCACGGCUGCCGCGUGCUCCACCACGCCGGCGGCCACGGGCACCCUUCUCCUGCCCGGCCUCCCCCGCCGGCUCCGGCGCCGGCGCCACCCCCCACCGCCUCGGCGUCCCGCGCCGUGGCCGCGCCUGCGGCGACGUCGUCGUCCCCUGCCGCCGCCUCGUCUCCCGUAGCACCCUCCGUGGACCUGGCCAUCUGGGGCCGCGUCCUGCGGAGCGGGCCGCCGGACGCGGGGCUGCUGCAGGACGCGCUGCACGGCUUCUACCCGGGCAUGCUGCCGCGCGUGGACCUUGGCGACGCAGCCGUCGAGGGGAUUGCGGAGCAGGAUCGGCACGAGGCGCUUGCCGUGGCUUCCCCUUGCGCGGGCGACGACUCCGACGAGGCUGGCCUGAUGCCGCAGGGCCUGCUCGAGGACGUGAUCCAGUCCCGGGCGUUCCUGGACGCGGUUGCGGCGCCGCCCGCCGCCACGCGCCGCGGUCGCCGGCGGGGCUGA